AUGGGGUGUAGUGGGGGGGGGGGGGAGGUGGUGGGGGGGGGGUUCUCCACGUUGGGCGGGUGGUGGGGAGGGGGCGGGUGUACGUUCGUAGUGGGGUGCGGGGGGGGGGGGGGGGGGGGGGGGGGGGGGGGGGGGGGGGGGGGGGGGGGGGGGGGGGGGGGGGGGGGGGGGGGGGGGGGGGGGGGGGGGGGGGGGGGGGGGGGGGGGGGGGGGGGGGGGGGGGGGGGGGGGGGGGGGGGGGGGGGGGGGGGGGGGGGGGGGGGGGGGGGGGGGGGGGGGGGGGGGGGGGGGGGGGGGGGGGGGGGGGGGGGGGGGGGGGGGGGGGGGGGGGGGGGGGGGGGGGGGGGGGGGGGGGGGGGGGGGGGGGGGGGGGGGGGGGGGGGGGGGGGGGGGGGGGGGGGGGGGGGGGGGGGGGGGGGGGGGGGGGGGGGGGGGGGGGGGGGGGGGGGGGGGGGGGGGGGGGGGGGGGGGGGGGGGGGGGGGGGGGGGGGGGGGGGGGGGGGGGGGGGGGGGGGGGGGGGGGGGGGGGGGGGGGGGGGGGGGGGGGGGGGGGGGGGGGGGGGGGGGGGGGGGGGGGGGGGGGGGGGGGGGGGGGGGGGGGGGGGGGGGGGGGGGGGGGGGGGGGGGGGGGGGGGGGGGGGGGGGGGGGGGGGGGGGGGGGGGGGGGGGGGGGGGGGGGGGGGGGGGGGGGGGGGGGGGGGGGGGGGGGGGGGGGGGGGGGGGGGGGGGGGGGGGGGGGGGGGGGGGGGGGGGGGGGGGGUGGGGGGGGGGGGGGGGGGGGGGGGGGGGGGGGGGGGGGGGGGGGGGGGGGGGGGGGGGGGGGGGGGGGGGGGGGGGGGGGGGGGGGGGGGGGGGGGGGGGGGGGGGGGGGGGGGGGGGGGGGGGGGGGGGGGGGGGGGGGGGGGGGGGGGGGGGGGGGGGGGGGGGGGGGGGGGGGGGGGGGGGGGGGGGGGGGGGGGGGGGGGGGGGGGGGGGGGGGGGGGGGGGGGGGGGGGGGGGGGGGGGGGGGGGGGGGGGGGGGGGGGGGGGGGGGGGGGGGGGGGGGGGGGGGGGGGGGGGGGGGGGGGGGGGGGGGGGGGGGGGGGGGGGGGGGGGGGGGGGGGGGGGGGGGGGGGGGGGGGGGGGGGGGGGGGGGGGGGGGGGGGGGGGGGGGGGGGGGGGGGGGGGGGGGGGGGGGGGGGGGGGUGGGGGGGGGGGGGGGGGGGGGGGGGGGGGGGGGGGGGGGGGGGGGGGGGGGGGGGGGGGGGGGGGGGGGGGGGGGGUGGGGGGGGGGGGGGGGGGGGGGGGUGGGGGGGGGGGGGGGGGGGGGGGGGGGGGGGGGGGGGGGGGGGGGGGGGGGGGGGGGGGGGGGGGGGGGGGGGGGGGGGGGGGGGGGGGGGGGGGGGGGGGGGGGGGGGGGGGGGGGGGGGGGGGGGGGGGGGGGGGGGGGGGGGGGGGGGGGGGGGGGGGGGGGGGGGGGGGGGGGGGGGGGGGGGGGGGGGGGGGGGGGGGGGGGGGGGGGGGGGGGGGGGGGGGGGGGGGGGGGGGGGGGGGGGGGUGGGGGGGGGGGGGGGGGGGGGGGGGGGGGGGGGGGGGGGGGGGGGGGGGGGGGGGGGGGGGGGGGGGGGGGGGGGGGGGGGGGGGGGGGGGGGGGGGGGGGGGGGGGGGGGGGGGGGGGGGGGGGGGGGGGGGGGGGGGGGGGGGGGGGGGGGGUGGGGGGGGGGGGGGGGGGGGGGGGGGGGGGGGUGGGGGGGGGGGGGGGGGGGGGGGGGGGGGGGGGGGGGGGGGGGGGGGGGGGGGGGGGGGGGGGGGGGGGGGGGGGGGGGGGGGGGGGGAGGGGGGGGGGGGGGGGGGGGGGGGGGGGGGGGGGCGGGGGGGGGGGGGGGGGGGGGGGUGGGGGGGGGGGGGGGGGGGGGGGGGGGGGGGGGGGGGGGGGGGGGGGGGGGGGGGGGGGGGGGGGGGGGGGGGGGGGGGGGGGGAGGGGGGGGGGGGAGGGGGGCGGGUGGGGGGGCGGGGGGGGGGGGGGGGGGGGGGGUGGGGGGGGGGGGAGGGGGGGGGGGGGGGGGGGGGGGGGGGGGGGGGGGGGGGGGGGUGGGGGGGGGGGGGGGGGGGGGGGGGGGGGGGGGGGGCGGCUGGGGGGGGGGGGGGGGGGGGGUGGGGGGGGGGGGUGGGGGGGGGGGGGGGGGGGGGGGGGGGGGGGGGGGGAGGGGGGGGAGGGGGGGGGGGGGGGGGGGGGGGGGGGGGGGGGGGGGGGAGGGGGGGGGGGGGGGGGGGGGGGGGGGGGGGGGGGGGGGGGGAGGGGGGGGGGGGGGGGGGGGGGGGGGGGGGGGGGGGGGGGGGGAGGGGGGGGGGGGGGGGGGGGGGGGGGGGGGGGGGGGGGGGGGGGGGGGGGGGGGGGGGGGGGGGGGGUGGGGGGGGGUGGGGGGGGGGGGGGAGGUGGGGGGGGGGGGGGGGGGGGGGGGGGGGGGGUGGGGGGGGGAGGGUGGGGGGGGGGAGGGGGGGGGGGGGGUGGGGGGGGGGGGGGGGGGGGGGGGGGGGGGGGGGAGGGGGGGGGGGGGUGGGGGGGGUGGGGGGGGGGGGGGGGGGGUGGGGGGGGGGGGGGGGGGGGGGGGGGGGGGGGGGGGGGGGGGGGGGGUGGUGGUGGUGGUCUGUGGGUGUUUGUGA